AGUCGCAACUUGGUGCAGUAAGCGAUCGUGAAAGCUGUGGUAAAGGUCCGUGUGAAUGCCUUCUCCACAGAACUUUCUGUACUAAACUGUGUUUUAUCAACCGCACGUAAUAUCGAAAACUGGAGGAACUUAUUUCUACACCUAAAAGCAGGAUGUGGCAGCCUACACACGUCCAAGUAACAGUACAAAAGGCGAGGAAUCUACUCUACAAGGGAAAAAAUGAGACAAACGAUGCUUUCGUGGUUAUUGCACUCGGGAAGGACAAGUUCCAGACGUCCAUCAAAGAGAAGGCGUCGAGCAACGUAGACUGGCAUGAAGAAUGCGAACUAGCAAUUCCAUCACAUGGGAACAUAGCUGCAUUAAAACUCACAGUAUUUCAUCGCAAUGCCCUUGGGCUUGAUGAAUUUUUGGGGCAGAUUGAACUUCCCCUUAGUGAGUUUGAUGUCUAUGAAAGACCCAGGAAUAGAUGGCAUCGUUUGAAAGGAAAACCAGAGAAGGACCGCAAAAAGGGAGAAAAAGAAAGAGGAGACCUUGAGGUUAGGGUUGCAUUCACAGUAAAAUCUGGAUCGCUUCUGGAUGUGUCUAAUAAAACAAGUAAAAAUAAAUCCAUAACAUCUUUAAAGAAUCUAGGUGGUAGCUUAAUGAGUUUAGGCAGCAAAGAAAAAGCAAGCUUAAAGAAUUUUGCCAAGUCAGUCAGUCAUAAAAUAGACAAGGUUGCACACAAGCCAGGCAAAAAGAAGAAUCGUAAAGAGAAUCGAGACAACCAAGGCUUCCCCCAGGAGUUAAUGCAGUCACGGCAACAUGCUGGAGAAGCAGAUCCGGGUGUUAUAUCCGAUAGUGAUGAUGAAGGAUUUGGGUUUGAUGAAGAAGUCACAGUUAACACUCGCUCCAGUAGCCCCUAUAGCACCAUAUCCAGAGGUUCUUCUCUCCUUCAGGAGUCUCAUGAGGAUGAAGCCCUGCGCCAUAACAGUCACAACCUGUCCAUCCCAGAAACCAGACCUCCUCCAAAACCAGCUCGUCUUGGAGGCCAUGUGGAUGUGCCCGUCAUAGCAGUGGAGCCCAUGCCCCCACCAUCUCCUCAGUCCUCAAUUUCCUCUCACUCUCAGGAACCUUCAACCCCUGUAACUGCUUCCAACCCACCCAUGAUGUUCCCAAACCUAACCCCAAUUAAUCUCUCCACCCAUAAUGAUUCGCAGUCAUCUCGUGACAGUGCUUCAUCAGAUUCUGCAAUGACUAUGUCACUAACUAGUAGUAUAACCACCAAAGAUAACUCGAUACCAAGUUUGGAGCCAGUUUCCCCUGAAGUUACCCCAGAGCCAACCCCAGAACCCACCCCUUCACUUAAAGAAGAGCUUAAACCCAGUGUGCCAAGAGAACCUCCUUCUCCAGAGAAACCUGUUCGAUUUAAAAGAUCUUCUAGUGUUACUGAGACUACUGCUCCACCUUCUCCUGCUUCUGUAAAAUCUGAGCAAUCACUGGCAGUUCCAUCUCCAACUAAGGGACGUUCACUUAGUACUUCAGCAGCCCCAAAAGUUAUGGAAAGAACAGUCAUUACUCCUCCUUCAAAGGAACGUUCAUCUCCAAAAGUGUCAGCUCUUGAGUCAUUGGUAUCAUCUGCAUCAAAAGUAUCAUUGGUUGAAAGGGCCCUUAUUUCUCCAACUACUCCACCUACUCUUGAGAAGAGUGACUCUAGCCAGAAUAUUUUGGAUGUUAAAGCACCAAGUGAACAAAAUGGGUUCAAUGUAUCUGCUCCACCAACUCCCACCACACCUAGUGCUUUUACAUAUAACUUUGGAUCUGGCUCAGCCACACCCUCUACUCCUGCUACUCCCAAGGAGAGCAGUUCUGGUCCCACUCCUGCCACCCCAACUUCCCUGACAUCCCGAGGGACCCCAGGGCUGGCUGAGCGGCCCAGUGCUGCAGUGGUGCGUUCUGGGUCCCUUCAUGAAAAGCCCAACACUCAGCCCAUCGUUGAUGAGUGGGAGAGGAAACUUUAUGGCAGGAAUGCUAAAGUCAAGAAGAUUUCACCAGAUAAAGCAAAAGUUGUUGGAAGUAUGGAGAACAUGAAUAGAAGUGAUAGUCGAUCUUCCCUUGGUAAUUCACGUUCUAGCAGCACCCAAGAUGUUACACGAGGAGAGGAACCUGGAACAAGGUUCCCAGAAAUAAAGGCUUUGCGUCUUGAGAAGAAAUCAAGAGAAGAUGGUGACGAAACUGAAGGAAAAAAGAGACGAGGCAAAGUUGGAGGACUUAAAUCCAAACUCUUUGGAGGAAAUAGUCGAGAACGCAUUGGAGAAGAAGAUGGACGGUUUGUUGAGGGAGGAAAUGAUCGUCUUCCACAUCCUCCAACACAUCAGUCACGUUUGCCUCAAGAGAUUCAUGAUAAAUUUGCUGGGAAGUCACGAGAGGAUUUACUUGAGAUGAUUGUGAACCUGCAAGCAUCAAUAGAAAAGAAUGCUCGCCACACUAGGGAUCUUGAAGACUAUAUUGAUGGUCUUCUUUUGCGAGUGAUGGAAACCACACCAAACCUUCUACAAGCACCCAUCACUAAAGGCAAAAAAUUAAAAGUGUUUGGCCGCUCCUAAAGAAGCUUGAUAGGAAAUUCCAUCCAGGACUUACUUCCCAGACACUUCACUGUUUGCUUGGUUUUGCAGCAUCAAGCAGUUUAAGAUUUUCCUUUGGGCUUCCAGUAUCACAGAACUAUUGUGUAAAUAUAUUGGGCACUGUUUAACUGUAAAUUUUUUGUUUAAUUUGUUUCAGGAAUUUUUAGUGUGGGGUAACAUCUAUGCAGUUUUAUAUAAAUAGGAAAUAAAAGAUGAGGAUUUUUUGUUACAAAGCUAUGACUUUCAAAAUGUAAAUAUUAUAAGAUCUUUUUAUCACUUUCCAGAAUUGUACAUGAAAGAGAAUAUCAUUGUAUUGUUUUCUCACUAUAAUGGGAGCAUAAAAGAAAAUAUACUACAUUAUAAGAUAAUCAAAAGGAUGUUUGUAAUUGAUAAAAAAAAAAUUCACUAAACAGUCCAUUGAUUUUGAUGUCAAUAGAGAGUAAGAAAAUGUGUAUUUAUUCAGGUCGUGAGAGCAUUUGAGCAUUUUUUACUCUCUUCACCCAAGUCUCCAGAAAGUAGUAAAAUCUAUGGCAUUAGAUCUUAACAGAGAUAAGACUUUUCUCUCUAUUCAUAUUCAUCUGGUACAGAGUUUAUGAAAGAGGGUUGCUGAUUGUUACUUAAACCAGAAGUUUUUUGCUUUGGUCCAUGAAAUUGUUUUUAUUAAGAAGUUAUUUUGGAUAAACUUGGUAUGACAACUAAAUGCGAGUAGUAGUUAUGUAUAUUUCUCUUGUAUGGUCAUUAAAAUUCAAUUUGUAAUCUCUUCAUUGGACUUGCAGUAUUUAGCCAGUGCCAAAAUUAAAGCAAGUUAAAUAUGCAAGCCUCUAUUGUUUGUGUAUGACUUCGGCAAAGAUAUUAUGCAGUCCUUUCUUACAGUUAUAAUGUUAUUUAUCUUUAUAAGUUCAUGAUUUUUAUGAUCCUUCUCUUUUUACUAGCUAAAUGUGGCUUCUUACAAAACAGUUGGAUGUUGUUACUUGUAUUUUGAAGUUCUAUUUUGUUACGCUUUGUCUUUGGAUUAUUUCAUUGUUUCUUAUGCAUUGUAGGUCAUUUUGAGGAGGCAGUACAGUUGAUAUGAAAAAAGGCACAUUAUUUUUUGAAAUUCAAAGUAAGAGACCACUUAUUUUGAUAAUUGUGGACUUCCAUUUUUAAUUUUGAAGAAUUGUAAAUGUUAGUGUUAAGCUGUUAUCUGAGGAAUAAGUGUUUUAUUGUAUGGCAGAUGUACUGUUCUCUUGGAUUAUGGAAAAUGUUCCAUCUGUUUGAAUUAAUUUACUAAAGGUUUGUGAUUAUUUAGGAACUGAGGAAUUAGUGUGUGUGCAAAUGCUAAUUUUGAAACCAUUAAUUUUUUUCUAAUGUUAAACUUCAUGAAAUAGAUUUCUUUAUCUUCUGUUCAUUUGUUUUGAGGCCAGAGGUAAAAUAACUGCAUUGUGCAUAAAACUGUUUCAUUUUCUGUAACAUUCCCUUUGGAACCUGUUUAACUGUCUAGCAUUGUUAUGUACUUACACUUGUAAGGGGUAUUUUCUUGCAUUUCCUUUCAUAUAAUGCUUUAUUGUAUAUUGUGUAUUACAAAGCUUUACAAGUGUCCAUAACUAUAUUGGAGUGUCAGAUGGAUUGAGACUCCUAGUUUUGUGACAAAGUUGUGAUAAACAUGGCCUUUUUAAUAGUAGCUGAAAUAUGCAAUGAAUGAUUGUGAAGGUAUUGAAUGAAUGAUUUAGCUGUAAAUAAUAUGUCUUUUGUAAGGGAGUAGAUAUGGUAAUAUUAACUACAAAGACUGCAAUGUAGAUACUUGUAAGCAUAAUGCAUCUAUACACUUCAAAUGAAUUCCUGAACAGUUACACAAGGUGCUUGUAUGCUUUAUAAGAGUGACUGAGCAAUAGGUCUCAGGUUUUGCAUAGAUUUUCAUAGGGGGUCAAAUUAUUGGGUUUCAGUGCUGAGAAUAUAUUUGCAAAGAAGUUAUGACUAUUUCCUCUAUUUGUAAAAUUGUCAAAAGAUACAUUUGUUUGAUUUUAUGAAAAUAUUUUGUGCUGGUUGUGACAUGUUAAGGGCAAAUGUGUCUUUUUGUCCAUACUAUAGACAGUAUUAAAUCUAAUAUCAGCAAUGUAUAAGUACUUAAUUCGAGUACCUCUUACAAUAGACUGUCAUGUGAAUCUCAUGAUACUUGUUAGAAUUAGGAAAACUGGGCAAAAUGUUUUAUAUUUACACUCCGGGCAUAUUAUUUUGAAAGGGAUCUUGUACUGUUUGAUGAAAUGUAUGAGGUAAUGUAAAUUUUACAUAUUUAUUGGGAAGAUAUUUAAUAAAUUAUUUUAUUUAUUAACAGAUAAGCAGCUUUAAUCAGAAUGAAUGAUAAGGUAUUUUCCAAAUGCUGUAACUAAUAAGUGGUCACACAUUCCUCCUUUGAGGCCUGAAGUCUAGAAUUGGUAUUUACAUAAAAUACUAAAAUUAUUUCAGGAAAUGAUAUCAAAACAGGAUCAUGUCUGCUUGUAAACUGAGGUAUAAAGAGGAAAGUGAAAGUAGACAUACAAUUAGUUUGAGUGCAAUAAAUCUCAUGUUAGAUUGGGAUGGUGUAAAAAUAUAAGGUUUGGUUACUCUAUCAGUUAUAAUUAGUGCAAUUUCUGAAGAAAAAAUACUUUUAAAUUUAUAAACUACCUAUUUUGUAUUUUUCUGACAUUUUGAUGGGGUGGUUAUUAAAAGAAUGUAUAGAAAGAAUUGUGAAAAUCUUGUUAUAAUUACUUUUUCAGUAAGAACCAUAUGCAGAUUUUUUUAUUAAUAACUGUUAUUAGAAAAGAGUGUAUUUGCAUAUUUUUAUUAUUAUAACUGCCCGUAAGAAUCUUUGGUAUUUGUUGGUGUGGUGUAACUGAGAGAAAUGUCUCUUGCUGUAAGAGUGUGUAUUAAGAAGGUAAAACUGCAACUAUUUACUGCAACCAUUUUUUUCUGAUUAUCAAAAACCUUUGGUAUUAUGAUGCUUAAAUAGAAAAGCACAGUAGGAGGAUGGAUUGGUUAGUUAAAAUUAAUCUAUGCUGUAGCUAGCUUAGAAUAGGAAAUCAUUUACAUUCAAAGUGCCUUAUAUAAAUGGCUAGUGAGUUUAUCUUCCAUUGUAUCUAUAAAGAAUAUUUUGCAUAUUGAACAUUCUUGGUUGUGAUUGAAUAUUUAACUGCAGCAAGAAGAUAUGGAUGUAUGGAUAAACAUAGGGGCAUAUGCACGCACACUUACACUUUUAAAAUCUGUAACUUUAACUUGGUCAACAUUCACAUAUGGAUACCCACACAGACAUAUACUUCAUUUCAUUUACAUAUAUGUGUAUCUUUAUGUUUAACUGUCUAUAAGGGUGAAAGGAUCAUUUAGUUUUCUUUUUUGAUAGGCAAGAGACUUUUUGUAAUGUAGAAACUAAAAGUUGUUAAGACUUGUAACUGAAUGUAUCAUCCCAUAGUUAUUUUGAUAACUGUGCAUAACACAUAAAUAAAUCAUACAAAUGUA